AUGCCUCGGGGCCGCCUACAAGGGCGCCCCCAGACAGACUUGCGACCAUUUGGAGGCGACCCUGCAGGUCGGGGCGCCAGGGAGUCGGCCUGGGGGGCGGCCCCGGGACUUUGGCGACUCCGAGUCAUUGCGGCCAGAUGCGACCCAGGGUCGCAGCCUCCGGUGCGGGGCCAUGGCGUGCUGGGUGGUCGGCUAUGGGUCGUCAUUGGGCGCCGGGAUCAUGGCGUGCUGGGAAGUCGGCUAUGGGUGGUCGUCGUGGGUGGCAACAGCUACCCGACCUUGAAAUCCUUGAAAUUAGAGACCUCUUGA